AUGGUGAUGUGGGUCUUUGGAUAUGGCUCUCUUGUGUGGAACCCUGGAUUUAACUACGAUGAAAAAGUGUUGGGUUUCAUCAAGGGAUAUAAACGUGUCUUUGAUCUUGCUUGCAUCGAUCACAGAGGUACACCAGAACACCCUGCAAGAACUUGCACACUCGAGAUAGAUGAAGAAGCCAUAUGCUGGGGUGCUGCAUUCUGUGUCCGUGGAGGACCAGAAGAAGAACGUCUGGCUAUGGAGUACUUGGAACGUAGAGAGUGCGAAUAUGAUCUCAAGACAUUUGUAGACUUUUAUAAGGAAGAUGAUCCCCUGAAGCCAGCUGUAACUGGAAUGAUAGUGUUCACUUCAACUCCAGACAAGGUCUCCAACAAGUAUUACCUUGGACCUGCGCCAUUAGAAGACAUGGCAAGACAAAUUGCGACAGCCAAUGGACCAUGUGGCAACAACAGAGAUUAUCUCUUCUUGCUAGAGAAGGCAAUGCACGACAUCGGGCAUGAGGAGGAUUAUGUGAUAGAGCUGGCGAACGAGGUGAGGAAAGUUCUUGCGGAGUCCUCAACGAAGAAGGAACCAAGAGCGAGCCGUGUAGCUAACAAGUCAAAGAUCAAUGUCCCCACGGCUCAUCAGAUACUUCCUCACCAACCUGAAGCUGUUGCCACUACGAUAUAG